ACCGCCACUGAAAGGGACCUUCUGACGGUAAAUUGGAAAGUCGAUGUUCUUGCGAUCGGCUUCUCCCCCCGCCCGCCUACCGUAGUAAUGCUGAAGUUUGUAAAUAGCGAGGGAAAACUAAUGAGCGAUGAGGGCUUUGAAGUUUUUGCAACUCUUGUUAUCGGCGUAGUAAACAAGCAUGUGAUCUCGCAAAUGACGAACUUCCGGGCGAAAUUCAUUCCGGACGACCCUAAAGUGGUGGAUGCUCUCUCUAGAUUUAAAGACACGUCCAUGCCGUCUUUUAUGCCGGUCAGUAACAGUUCUCAAAGCAUAGUUUUGGCGGCGGACAAACUCGCCAUAAUAUUUCCUUUUAUGUACGACUUUGGCUAUAUUCUGAAGGAUAUAAUAUUCGCAGUAAAGCUUAUUAAAGUCAAAUUUACACUUCUACUGGAGCUUUUCCACUGUGAAAGCUUUGCAUUGAUCCUCCAAUAG